CAAUGAUGGGCACUGAUAGGUGGCACUGAUGGGCACUGAUAGGUGGCACUUAUCGGCAGCACUGAUGGGUAGCAGUGACUGACGGCACUGACUAGUGGCACUGCUGGCCACUGAUGGGCGGCACUGCUGAGCAGCACUGAUGGGUGGCACUUAUGGGGGGCACUGCUGGACAUUGGUGGGUGGCACUGCUGGGCACAGGUGGGUGACACUGCUGGGCACAGGUGAGUGGAACGUCUGGGUGGCACUGCUGGUGCCGGUUAUCGGCAGUACU